AUGGGAGAUUAUGAUGAUGAACUUAUGUUAUUGAUGGCUUAUGAAUCUGAUGGUGGAUAUUUCGUAGACUUGUGGUAUAUGGACAUCGGCUUCCCAAUUCUCCUAACUGGUAACAAGCAAUGGCUGAUUAAUUUUGACUAUAGAAAGAGGAUAAAGAUCAUAUGUGUUGAUGAUAAAUAUUUGAAUGUUGGAGUAAUGGGAAAUGUCAAGUUCAUAGUGAAGAAUGGAAAAACUAUUAUGAUUAAGGAUGUUUGGUAUGUUCUUGAAAAAAAAAGAAAACUGAUUAGUGUAGGUCAGUUAAUUGAGAAAGGUUUUUCAAUUACCAUGAAGGAAAAUCUCUUGAAGUUGUAUGAUUCUGAUCAGUAG